AUAAUUACAGUUCUUCCUUUCAUCAUUCGACCGAAUCCUUACCCUAAACUUUGCUUAUUUAUUAAACUCCCAUCUCUUCUGCCCUUUGAAACCGUUUGAUCUUCAUCAUUUGACUCUAAACAAUUUCGGCGGUGACUUUCUCCUUCUCUUUUCUCUCGCAAAGCGUCGCUCCCUUCUUCCUUAACUUUUUUAUACACAGAUUCAUUUGAUCCUUUUCUUGCUUUUCUUUAAAUUCUUUGUUCAUUCUUCAAUAAAAUUUUCCAUUUUCUUCAAUAAAUCUUCGUGUUUUGCAGAAAUAGAACCAUACCCGUCAAAGAAUUAGCCAUAAUUUGAUAAUUUUUUGUUUGUUUCUUGUUAUCUGAAUGGAAUUGGAUAGCAUUGAAUGUGUGCCAUCUUCAGAUUUGACUGAUGAGGAUGAGAUCCAUCACCAUCUUCAUCAGUUUCCUGCAAUUACAAAGCCUCAUAUUAAUACCAACAAUAACUCCAGUGUCUCUUCAGUUAUUCAUCCAGGCACCACGAGUGUCCAUGAACUUCUUGAAUGUCCUGUUUGUACUAAUUCAAUGUACCCUCCGAUACAUCAGUGCCACAAUGGGCAUACACUCUGUUCAACAUGUAAAACAAGGGUACACAAUCGAUGCCCUACUUGUAGACAAGAGCUCGGUGAUAUAAGGUGUCUAGCUCUAGAGAAGGUAGCUGAAUCGCUUGAACUGCCUUGCAAGUAUAUGUCUCUUGGAUGCCCAGAGAUUUUCCCGUAUUAUAGUAAACUCAAACAUGAGGUUGUGUGCAACUUGAGGCCUUACAACUGUCCGUAUGCUGGGUCAGAGUGCUCUGCUGUUGGGGAUAUACCAUUUCUCGUUGCUCAUCUGAGGGAUGAUCACAAGGUGGACAUGCAUUCUGGAUGCACUUUCAACCAUCGUUAUGUCAAGUCUAAUCCUCGUGAAGUAGAAAAUGCCACAUGGAUGUUAACUGUUUUCCACUGUUUCGGCCAGUACUUCUGUCUUCAUUUUGAAGCUUUCCAGCUGGGGAUGGCUCCAGUGUAUAUGGCAUUCCUCCGUUUCAUGGGUGAUGAGACAGAUGCCCGUAAUUACAGCUACAGUCUCGAGGUUGGGGGAAAUGGACGGAAACUCAUUUGGGAGGGUACCCCUCGAAGCAUAAGAGACAGCCACAAGAAGGUCAGAGACAGCCAUGAUGGCCUAAUUAUACAACGCAAUAUGGCACUCUUCUUUUCUGGAGGAGACCGGAAAGAAUUGAAGCUCCGAGUUACAGGCCGGAUAUGGAAAGAACAGCAGAACCCAGAAGGUGGGGCGUGCAUACCAAACCUCUGUAGUUAAGUUAAGGAUGUUUUGAAAAGUCUAGCACUCGAUCAUAUGCGAAUGCUGAAUUUGUUGUACUAUUAUUUGUCGACGCAGAAAAUUACUGAGGAUCUCUCUGAAAUAUGUAUGGAUGUCGGAGGCUUAAGCUGUUAUUAAAUGUUAAUGAGCUUCCUUCGUUUCUUAUUGCAGAAAAUGGAAUUCUGGCUUAAUCAAGUUUUAAUUGAACAGACUUCUCCGAUUGUUUGAUUCUA